CUGCAUUUGAAGAUGCAAAUUAAAUUUUACCGUUACUGCCUCCUGCCAAAAGCUUUCAUUGUGACGUGUAACUCCACUAAUCGCUUUUAUACCUUCAAGCGACAUCCAGCGGACGUUAGAUCAAAUGGACAAUUCUCGUCAAUAUUGCAGCGAAACAGAGGAACUAAGGAGUUGAUGUGGAAACAGAACGGGCGAGAAUAAACCGUUCGUGCGGAACAGACUGGGAAACUGUUUUGAAAUAAAUUUCCAGAGAGGUAUUGCGAUAAUCCCAAACAAUUGGCAAUGUCUCCUGUUCCAUGUGGUAGGGAAUUUAGAAGCGAUUACUCUAAGAACGGUACUUUUACGAGUCCAGGAUAUCCGGAACCUUAUCCAGAAGAUAUCGUCUGCAUCUAUUCGUUCACGGGAAAGCCCGGAGAGCGUCCACAGAUCCUUUUCACAGAUUUCGAUCUUCACCUGCCACAAGCCCCGCCCAGAGAUUGUGAAGGUGUAGACGCUGUUAUGGUGUUUAUCACAAUCAAUGGCCGUCGGGAACGCAUUCAGAACUUCUGUGGCAACAAACUUCCUGCCCAGAUCAUGUCUAACGGACCCAACAUGACAGUUGAAUUCCGGUCGCACCAUUCCUCGCCUGAAGUGAAGGGAUUCAGAGCCAUCUAUAGAUACGUAACAGAUUUUGGAAUUUCCGAUACAAAAAGAGAUCCUGGGUCUGAUUGUACUUUCACUUUCCGAAGUAUGGACCGAAACAAUGGUACUUUCACCUCUCCUAACUACCCCGGUCUCUACCCCAGGGAUACUGAGUGCCACUAUUACUUCCAAGGGAAGCCUAAUGAAAGGAUUACUAUUGCAUUUGACAGAUUUGAUGUCGAAGGAAUACCUCCAUGUGAAUCGCAAACCUCAAGCGAUUAUGUCGAGUUUUCGAAUUACAAGAGCUCUGUGGACAGAAAGUUACCUCGUCUGUGUGGCCCGAAGAUUCCGGAUCCGGUUGAGUCUGACGGCAAUUUCUUCCGGGUUUCUUUCAAGUCGGACGACAAGUUCGACGGCACUGGCUUUCAAGCUAUUUACAGAUUCGAAGCUACUAUUGAUCCUGCUACUGUGAAAAGAAUAUCCAGCACUUUCGUAGAAGACGCUUCCAGCGUCGUUCUCCGACAAGUGGAUUGCCUCUGGAUUAUCUUUGCUAUGAUGGUGUACAUACUGUUGGAUUAACAAGAUAUCUUUUGAUGUUGAGGAAAACUCAUGUAUCAUCCAUUGCAAUUGUGAUACAAAAUUAGUGUUUAUAACACAAUGACCUUUUGUGUUUAUGAAUGCAAAAAGUUUUGUGACGUUCCAGCUAUUUGAGAAUUUCGUAUGACUGCACUAAGAUGUCAAGAACAAAUUUUGAUAAUGUGUUGGAAAAUGCAGCCAACAUAGAGAGUGUACUAUCGACAUUUCCACCAAUCGUGUCAGAGUUCGGCUUUACGAUGUAGAGCAAAAAUUUUGAAGGUUAAUUUUACAUUAAGGCUUCGAUUACGAAGAUUGAGUGAUCGUUCUGGACAACCUUCUGUCGUAAUAUAUGUCUCAUCAGAUACGUCAUGUGAUCCUAGUUCUAGCGACUCUAUUGGUUAAAUUUGUUGUUUGCUUUAUUCUGUAUAAUAUUUUCUAUACAUAUACGAAGAAAUUGGUACAUGUUUGUGUUUUAGGAACUGCGAGAAGAUGUUACAAUUAUUCAUUCCUAACUCUAAAAAUGUCCUUGAAAAAGGAAGUGUCGGAGAAAUUCUAUUGUUCUCAGCCUGUUACCAAUCAGAUUACACUGAGUACCGAACAGAAGAUUCAGUGAUGAUGACCGAAUGUCUCCUGGAUUUAAGGCAACAUUGCAAGUUGUGUUUUAUGCCCACGACCACCUCAUCCAGAGGACAUUUCUGGAUGCUUUUGAUUAAUAAAUUUAAA